AUGUUUCUGAAGGCUUUCAUCGUGGGAGUGUUUGUUGCCGUUGUCUCGGCUGAGCUUCCUCCCUCCUACAACCCUCCAGCACCUUCCUACAAACACCCAGCUCCCUCCUAUGGCCCCCCAGCACCAACUGGUCAUCCCAAGUACGACUUCAACUAUGCCGUGAAGGAUGACCCUUCAGGUGACGACUUUGGACAUCAAGAAUCCCGUGACGGCUACAAUACUCAGGGGAACUACUACGUGCUGCUUCCUGAUGGUCGUCUGCAGAGAGUUUCAUACACUGUGAACGGUGACGCAGGCUACGUGGCUCAAGUGGAAUAUGAGGGUAAAGCCCAGUACCCAGCCUACCAGCCUGCCCCAGCAUACAAACCUACCCCCAGCUACAAACCGGCUCCCACCUACAAACCAGCUCCCACCCACAAGCCUGCCCCCAGCUAUGGUCAUCCUAAGUACGACUUUAACUAUGCCGUGAUGGACGACCCUUCAGGUAACGACUUUGGACAUCAAGAAUCCCGUGACGGCUACAAUACUCAGGGGAACUACUACGUGCUGCUUCCUGAUGGUCGUCUGCAGAGAGUUUCAUACACUGUGAACGGUGACGCAGGCUACGUGGCUCAAGUGGAAUAUGAGGGUAAAGCCCAGUACCCAGCCUAUCAGCCUGCCCCAGCAUACCAACCUACCCCCAGCUACAAGCCAACUCCCAGCUAUAAGCCUACCCCGAGCUAUGCAUAA